GUCAUUAACCGACCAUGGUUGGGAAUGAUAUUUCCCAAUCUGCUUGCAUUACAACAUCGAUGGAUGCUCCUGAUCUCCAAUCUGAAAAUCCCACACUGAGAUGGUUAUAAAUAAUUGAGUGGUCAACGAUACUCCCAACACGGUAAGAAUUUUAAUGUCCAGAGCCUUUUUUUUUUCUUUUUACAGGCAUCCAGACUUCAACCUGUAUGACUUGCCAUCGUUGAAAACCCACGAGGCUACACUGCAGGACCGAAGGACUGGACUGUCACGUCUGCGGGCGAGAGACGGUCCCGAACCCGUGUAAUCAGACAUGACUGCGGGCAGAGCGCAGAGGAGUUGGCACCAAUCGGCCGUCCGGUUAACAUCACGGGACCCCCAAAGCCAAAUACGCGGAGGUUCACGUCGGGGCCUUGCUGGCAGAAAGAUCCCUCUUUCUACCUUUCGGGCCUUUUGUGUUUUCGGCCAGCCCCUCUCUCUCCCCGUGUUUUCCUGACGGAAGUAGCCGGGAGGAGGAGAGUCGGGCAGGGCGAAGAAAAGUUCCACAGCCUCCUGAAACAGCUCUCAAACUCAGUGUUGUUGCAAAGGGUCAUCUCUGCGGGUAUCCCCCUUUUUUUAACGACGGCGGCUUCAACAUGUCAAGAUCAGGAAACUACAUGAACCAAUUUGACUACACAGUUUAGUCCAUUACCUGCGUUUUCAUCUGCUGGUUUCACUUCACUUCUCCCAGAUUUUUACAGAGAUUUUAUUCACCAGCGAAUUCCAGACGCAAUGGAAUUCGGUCGAAAUCUCGAAAUACCUUUGUUUUGACGAGCUGAAAAACAAGUCCACCUGCAAUGUCAGGUGAUAGGACACCCGUGGAUGUUGCUUGUAAUUCUUAAAGCAUUACUGUCUACAUGCGUAACACAUGAGGCUGAACCUAAACAAACAAACCACUACUACUGACCUGCUAGUGUUUGUGCUGCAGGAGACUAUUGUUCCACUUGUGUAUGGUAAUCCAGGCGGCACGCUGGGCUCAAUCCACUGCGACAAGUUCCUCCAACUACUUUGCCCUCAAACGCACCAGAUUUCCCUUUCCCCGCGGUCAGGUAUGGCUCAACCCCGCGUUACUCUCAGCGUGGAGGUGUCCCAUUGCCCGAGUGAGUGGAUAAGGAGUCUGUAAGCGCGCAUUAUUCCCCCUUACUUUCGCUUAUCAACAGCACCGUCCCGUCCGGUGAUGAUCAGCCAUAUCGCUGCUGCUGUGUGGAUCCCAAGUGGAAGCAGUGGCGUGAUCCCGGAAAACACCGCAAGGGGUGUGUGUGAGUGCAUCUGUGCGUUACAUAGAGAGACCGUCAAUGUGCGUGUUUGCGCCAGACUCUCCAACAUCACCUUCCUCUUCACCUUUUUUUCGCUGUUAAAAAAGGGGGGGUCGGGGAUUAAUUUGGAGGGCAAUGUCACGGGGGAAAUCAUCCCUCAUUAUCCAAGAUUUUCAGUAUAAAUAUGCACCUCAAAGAAAUGCCUUUUGAAUAAUGCAAAGGGGGGAAAAUAUGGAAAUCCAACAGUAGCUCCCACCACUGCCCCACUGACAUCAACACAAGACAAGAUGAGCAUUAUCAUAUGGUGGUUUAUAGGUUCAUAUUUCAUAGUGCGACUAAUAGGAAAGGUUAAAAAAUCAUGUUAAGUCGUUUAAUUGGUACACAGUCUUUAAAUAGCCCAUAUGCACAGUACAUUGUGCUGCCCUGCUACUAAAAUCUCAAACACCUUGCAAUACACUUUCAAAAUAGAAAAGUAAAAGUAGAGUCUUACUUUUCCACGGGUAUCACCUGGGUCUUAAAGUUACGUCAGAGAUCACAGAUGACACAGCAAACCCUGUUAAUAGGGAGUCCAGCUCUUAAUAUUUACCUCCACCGUGUGGUGACUCUAGGAACAGCAAUCUGUUUUCAUUCAUCCUGUUUUUUGGGCCAAAAAUGAUCCACUGCAGAUAUAAUUUGAAAUAGUUCAUGAGAAUGUAGUCUCAUGACAACAGAUGAAUUUGCCUUUAUAACUUCAUGUAUAGACUACUGCAACUCCAUAUAUGCAGGCUUGGACAAGUCGUCCAUCAACCGCCAUCAGCUCAUUCAAAACGCUGCUGCUUGACUCCUCUCUGGCAAGAAAAAGCGCAACCACAUAACUCCUAUUUUAGUGACCCUUCACUGGCUCCCAGUCUGCUUGAUUGAUUUUAAAACUCUUUUAAUAGUUUUUAGAGCCCUCAAUGGUAUUGGCCCUCCUUACCUGUCCGAGCUCUUGUAUCACCAUUCCCCAGCCAGAGCCUUAAGGUCCUUUGGCCAGUUACUGUUGAGCAUCCCGAAAACCAGACUCAAGUCUAGAGGUGACGGAGCCUUUUCAGCGGUUGAAUUUGGAACAGUUAACCUGGCCAUAUUAGAGCCUCUCAGACCUUAGGGUCUUUUAAAUCAUCUUUAAAGAACCACCUUUUCUCCCUUGCUUUAAAUAAAUGAGCACACAGGAAUCAGAGGCACUGUAGCUUUAUUCUUUUACUGUCUGCAUUUUAUUCUACUGUUUUUAACUUUAGUUUUUAUUGCAAUCUAUCUAUUUAUUUAUUUCUUUCAUUUAUCCCAUGUACAGCACUUUGUUUGACUGCUGUCUUUUAAAGGUGCUUUAUAAAUAAACCUUGACUUGACUUGAAUCUUUCAGUCGCAGAGACAGAACUAGUUCAUUUCUGUUGAGAGUGAAGUGGCAAUAAGAGCUACUAGAUGGUGUUAAAACAAAAACAAACGUAUUCAAGUUUAAUCAGUCUAUUUUCAUCAUAUCACAAAAUUUAGUUGUGACUGAAUGUGAGCAUCAGAGUUUUUUUAUUUUAGAUUUUAAAAGCACUCUUUUGAGGCAGUACUUGUUUAACUAUGGGGCGCCGAAUGUAAAAAUUCAGUCACUGUUUGAUAAGCGACAUUUUGUGAAGAUUUAGCUCACUUUUCUCACAUUGAGCUCGUUUUCCUUUUUUUGAGACCUAAAUUAAUGUAAAGCAGCAUGUUCUUUUUGUUUGUUAAAAAUGUGUAAACAUGAAAAAUAAAUCUAAAUUUAAAUGUUAAAUCCAAAUAUAAAUGUUAAGUAUAAAUCUAAAUCUAAUGUCAAAUGUGAAUUUAAAUAUAAAUUCUAAAUCUAAAUUUAAAUGUUAAAUAUAAAAAUAUAUGUUCAAUAUAGCAUUUAGAUGUAAAUUUAGAUUUAUUUUUCAUGUCUACACAUUUUUAGAUAGAUAGAUAGAUAGAUAGAUAGAUAGAUAGAUAGAUAGAUAGAUAGAUAGAUAGAUAGAUAGAUAGAUAGAUAGAUAGAUAGAUAUUAUUGGUCUGCCAAGACAGUAGGUGGCGGUAUACACCAAAACAUGACUUUGCGAUCUGCCAAUAAACAGAGAGAAGAAAAAGCUACCUCCUUCUCUUUCUUUACUUCUCUCCUCCGCCUGGUGACAGUAGUGCAAUUUAUCUAGAUGUUGCCCGCCGUAUUAGUCCAAAGAAGAAGAAAAUCAGCCCUUCCCCUCUUGUUGUUAGGCAGGUUGUUAGGGGCUCAGUCAACUCAGCUAACACGGGAUUAAGGAAACUUGGUCAAUGAUGACAUAUUUAUUUUUUAACGGCAACCGAAGCACCAGCCUUUCUGCUCGGAGCUGUGAUAUUACACCGAUAAAACGCAGCAGACACGAUAGUGUCGCAUUUUUCCCAAACAGACAGAGGUUUGGUUUCCCGUUUUCACUGUAGCUAGCUCACGUUAGCUACGCUUGUGAACGUCAGCCUGCUAGCUAAUGUCUUUAGGUGGACGUUAGGUGAAAAACAUAAAUCUAUAAUACACAUAUACAUACAAGUAUUUGGUGCCACAAUGGAAGAUGAAAGUUCACUAGAGCACGAGGAACAUGACGGCAUCAGUGAUAUACCUUUACCAUCGCGCUACCCUCCGUUUCGUCCCCAUCGGAUGCAGAUCCAGAGGAGUAAUGUCUGCUCCCGGGCUUACUUCGUCGUGGUCAUGGUCUUCUUUCAUGUUUACAUCCUGAAUGUUAUUGGCCUCUUGCUCUAUGUGCACUACAACAACGGUCCCGGGGAUCAUGUCAGUGGAGGAGGGGACAGCAGCGCGGGGUCAGCUAGCCCGAGUGGGACUCCUCUGCCCGAUCACGCCCCUGUGUCCGGAGAGUUGCAUGUGGAAGACCAGAGUCAGGGCUUUACUCUGCCUCGGAUUGAAGGGAUCCGGGUAAGAAUACCAUCACAGUUUCAACCAAAACUACCCCCAACCCCAGAUAAUAAAUUGUAUGCCGAGUCCUCCCAAUCACAGCUGAAACAUGAAGACUUUAGUGAUAAUGCUCUCUACAAUACAGCUCCCCCUCUUACAGCUGUUGCAUGUGCUAAAGAGGCCUUACUGUCUGUCUUACGUGCUCAAUAUAAACAAUUUCAAUAAGGGGUGCGCCGAUCACAACUUUCUUGCCGAUCACCGAUCUGUAAAAAGCUUGACCUGCCGAUACCGAUUUUGGCCGAUACCUUUUUUUUUUUAAAGACUGACGACAUACACCUUCGAUGCUCCAAUAUAAUGUUAAUGAAAAACUUUAAACAAUACUUGUGGAACAAUACAAACCCUUUUGUGUUUGUUGUAACUGCACAUGAGAUAAUACUCUCAAAUAAAAAGUUUAGGGUAUUGCUGUCCAAACUACAAAAUUAUAUCACUUCCUUUCGUCUUUUAUUUUCCACAUUUUAAAAAUUAACAAUACUUGUACAACAGCUCACACUGCAGGCUUGUUUUGAGCCUCUAACCAAAAUAAAGUGAACAGCAGUAUUUUGUAUUUUCAAAUGAAGGAAAUCACAAGGUUUUAGGGAGUUAGUAAAAUAAUAAUCUACAGGACAAACUAAACUGGUGGACGGACCUGUCAUUCUGGCAAAAGCAAAACGCUACCUUUGCUGAGGUAGAUAAGAUCAGUGGAUAAAAUCGGUUUUAUGUGUAAGGAUCAGCCGAUCACCGAUCUGUCAGUGCAUGUUUAAUUUCAAUCAAUCAAUUUAAAUUAGGUAGCCAAACCCAAAUACUACCUUUUAAUCAGAAUUCCUUAGUUAAAUCUGCUGAAGUAGUUUCAUCAGAAUUGAUCCCUAUUAACUUAAGUGACUUAAUUGUUUCUUACCAAUCUGCAGGUGGGUCAUGUUCAGCAGGUGUCCAUUGUCCCAGACAGAAUGCAUGAGAUGAAGACGAUUAGCCUAAAACCCCUGCUAUUUGGUAAGUAUGCCACAACCUUUGGGUAUUUGCUACUAUUCAAUGAUAAACUGAGCUAUAUCAUGUUUCAGAACACAACAUUUAUUUUUCUCACAAAGCCAUACAAAUAUAAACCAGAGAUAUUUACUUCAAAUUAACAGAUAUUUACAUUUUCUAUGACACGUCCUUUAUUUCUUUGAUCUCCUCUGCCCUGAAUGUGUAAGGACCUUUUUGACCAGCUGACUUCUUUCAGCCCUUCUAUGAGCACAGCUGUUUAGACAGAAUUUGACUAAACCAAGCAUAAGUUACAGAAAGAGGUAUUUAGGCAAAUUCUAAAUACAUUUUUAUGUUCUUCUCCUAUAAGCAGCUGUUUUUUUUACAACUUAGCUCUAUUGUUUUUUUUUUAACUAAGUACAUAAUCCUAGCUCCUGCACCUGUGACGUUUCCAUUUGCGUGCCGCAGCCAUCAGGUUCUUGUCCCGUCUCUGCCAGGCAUAAGCUUUGUUUACAACCAGGCGCUCCCCCUGCACCAUUCCUGUUACUAGGAAAGUCCCUCCUCGUGGGUUGUGCCUUGUCAUGUUUCUGACGCAGGUAGCAUCCCUUUCCAGCCACAGCUCAAUACGGGAGCGGAUCUGCCCACCUAACAGGGGUCCGUGCUUCAGAACAUCCAGUUUGGCUGCCAGCGAGAACUGAGACAGGCUUACAUGGCUGUGUUUCAGCCGUGUGAGACGCAAUUUCACCACUGGAGGGAAAAAUAUGGUUGACAUUAGCUUUAUAAAGAGUUGAACUAGAUAGGAAAAGUGAAAUAGAAGACAAAUGCUCACCAAAGUCACUUCUACAGAAGGUCUCCAGUGUAUCCUUCGAAGAGGAGGCCACCUCCAGCUCACAAUCCCUACAGCUUGCCUGAGGAACUGACAGAAUCAAACCAAUGAUCAGGUUGUUUGUUUAUUCAAGUCAACUGGAGCUGAAUGUCAGAUUCUUACCUCUACGACUGCCUGUUUGAGCAGUGUUGUUAGUGACAGAGGAGAUACACAUGAGGUGGUCUGCAGGAUACUGGUCACAAUGGAGAAUUUCUGGCCAGGGGUAGCCGUAACAGCUCAUGAUGGGUGCACAGCUGUCCCGUACGGAUUCACACAAACUCUUACAAGGGGAUAUAAACCUGAUGAAGAAGACAAUGGAAAUGGAAGCAUUGAGUAGAUGAACGGGUUUGAUUUGGGCAGGAAUCGGUUUCUUGUUUGUCUGCUUUAAACCGAGAGUUGCUAAUGUGACAGAAAGGAGAUAAAAGUGCUGUGAUUGGUCGGUUUCAGUGUGAUAUCAGGGCCUUUCCUUUGAGAGUUGGACCAAUUUGCAUUCAAAAGGUGUUAACCCUUCAAGACUAUGCUCUUAAGUGAUUGGAUUAUUAGUUUGACAUUUUUUCGUUGCUGACUAAAUUGUUAUUUUACAGUGCAUGUAAAAAGUAACUUAAAAUGCUAAAAAGCUAUGGUAAAAGAAAAGAGGCUUGGUUUUUUAACUUACCUGUCAAGGCAAAUGGGUGCAAAGAGAGAGCAGAGAAAGAUGCGGGCAUCAGGGUGGCACUCUCUUGCAAGUAGUGGCAACCAGCUGGCACUCUGCUGCACCGCCUCAGCAGGAGACUCGUGACCCAGUAAGUUGGGCAUCCUCAUGGUGUCAUAGCCAAUGUUUUGGCACAAGGCCAUUCCAGAUGGGAUAGGGACGCAGCGAGAAGAGCUGCGAGGCUCCCACAGUCCUCCGUCCCCUAUAGAAAGGACAGAGCUAAAGCUGGCAGUGGUACCUGGGUCCCUCCAUGCUUCAUCAUCUUCUCCUGGCAUUGAAACAUGUGCGUCUCCUAAUCCGGUUUCAGCGUAGCCAUCAAUACUCCCCCGAUUCCCAGCCUUUUCCUUUACCCCAGAUCUCACCCUACCCUCAGCCCUCGCUCGUCCCUCCUGCCCUGCUCUUACCCUGCCAGGACCAAGCGCUAAUGUGCUGCCAGGCCCGGCAAGCAGGAGGAGGAAGAGUAGAAAGGCUGACUGGGAGGACUUUCUGGGCACUGCAGUCAUCCUGGCACAGGCAGCGGGAAAGAGAACUAAUCCUGAAGUUUGUCUCUUGAGUGAGUGAAGACCCCUGGUUGAGAGGAUGGCAGAAUAGGUUUAUUUAUAGUGGGCGGUGAUUACAUUUGCAUAGGAAGGGGUAAGGGGAGGUGUCAAGAGUAGAAAAGAGAAGGGUUGGAGCUCACAUUUUAUGUUAUUAUGGAUGCAGAUCUACUUGCCAUCACGAGCAGACUUGUUUGACAAAGCUCAGGGUGAACAAAUUAAAUUAUUGGUCAUUUGAGUGCUUUCGGGUUUUCUGCCAUCUCGAUUACCACAGCUUGAUUCGAAGAACAGUCUGGCACUAGUGCAGUGAAACUCCUCCACCCUUUCCCACUCUAAAUUUUCUUACAACCGGCACCUAACAACCCUGUCCUGCCCCAACCUCUUUGUUAUUUACUCUCCUGUUUUGCACAACAAUGCUGAUGAGAGAAAAUGUUGGAUGUUCCCAUGAAUACUUAGUGCUAUGACUAUAUCAUUAUCUUUCCUUCAGGAGGUAGGUAAAGGGGAAACAAUGCAGACCAGUUUUCUGGGUCAUUGCAGACCCUGAAGAGAGGAGGAUAUCUAUCAGCAACUGUUUUCAGAAUCAAGUAAUUUUUUUCUUUAAAGAUAAAAUAAGUUGCGAAAUACUUUUGCUUUAAAAAGAAAUGAUUUUCCUUGCCUUAAAUUAAAGAAAACUGCUUCAUAAAAAAAUUUAUGUUCAUCUUAAAUAAAAAAUAUUUUCUUUGUCAUUAUUUAGGGCUCUGGAACAUUAAUUCAAAAAAUGUUUCCACUAUUUUCUGAUGUAUUUCUGACCAUUUAAAACCGUUAAUUCAGAAAAUACUCAAUACUAAAAGUCACUGUAAGCUGUGACUCUAAUCGGCUUCUCUUGUAGGUCUGUGUGUGUAUGAACUUGUGCUUAGGUCAAAAACAAAAUUGGUGUGGUCCUGCUGUGUUGCCAUGGCCUGAUUCCUGCUCAGACAAGCAGGUCACUUCCUUUCCGGGGGUGACACAUUGUUGGGAGGGGGGAGGAGGAAGGCUUAGUCCCCCUUUAUUCAUAUCAGUUAUCCAGAUUAAUGAGAUUUGACUGGACAAUAGGAAUUAACCAAGUGGGUACAGUGUCAAAGACAGGGGUGACAAACAAGUUCCCUACUGUACAGGCAGCCAACCUGCCGGAAGCUUCUUAUUAAGGGGGGAGAAGAGUGAUGGACGUGGAUGGAUGAGAGCUGAGGAGAGCAGAAGGGGGAAAAUGUGCUCUCAAACCUGGGUCAGAUUAAGGCCAAAAAAUGCAUACAACACAGUUAAUUAACAACAUGAAUUUAACUAACCUAAAGGAAAUGCGAGCAUAAGCAUGAAUAGAUCAUAAUUUUACAAUGUUUACUUCUAGAUAGUAUUAUUGAUAAUUGACUCCCAUGAGCCGUUACUCUUUCCUAUGUCAUCUGGGAGAAGUCCAUUGUUGUAAUUCAUUAAAUUUGCCCCUGGGACAGGCUAUACCACAAACAGCUCACUGGGGAGGCACGUAAAGAAACACCUUUGUGUGCAUUUAAUAUAGCUGAUUAUAUUGUCCCCAAAGAGUUGGUGUGUAUAAACAUGUAAGAUUGAAAAGUGGAACAAUUAGCACCAAAUCAUUAACAGCAGAGCAGUGCAAUACAAAAAUAAUCAUAGUCUGGGUUAUUAAAACAUCUGCAUGACCCUCAGAGCUCAUUACGAGGCCGUGUUUCACUAAUACACAUUCAAAUCAUGCUAUUUUUAAGCAUACACUGAUCAAACCAUGUCAAGUUUUCACCUUCACUCUUGAAGUCUUUGUUUGGCAGUUUGAUGUCAUCUGUUUAAUCUGACAGAUCAAGCCAUCUUUGUAAACAGAGAUCUUCUAAUCCACUUAAAAGUCAACCACUCUCUCACUCACUCACUUUCUUAGGUGUGCGGUAAAUGUGUAUAGGUACAAAGUUUGGGAGUGGUAUUUUUUAAACUUAAAAAAAAUCAACUUUAACUAGUUGCAUGGACUUAGGUUACAAUGUAAGUAAUGUGAAGCCACUUUUAAACAGACAAAGUUUAAGUUGGUGUAACUUUUGACUCUUCUGUUAUCUAUUCCUCAUGAUUUGCUUGUAAAUGUGUGAAUCACUACGCUCUGCUGUUAAUCUGGUAACAAACUAAGAUUGCCCACCACUCUUUUGCAUGACUUUGAUUAGUGUUUCAAACCCCUCUGUUUGAUGAAUUGCUUAUUUUUUAUCCUAGUUCUGAUAUUUGGGAGAUUAAAAGCUUGCUUAUUCCAUGAUGUUUGGGCCAUUUCAUUUCCUUAACUGCGUACCUGGCACGAAGUCUGUUUUUGAUUUGUGGUUUUAAAAAUCAGUGACUUGAAUAAGAUGACUUUGAUUUCUUCCCCUCUCAGCAGACUCAAUAACGUGAUGGGAAAACAUUUUUCAAAGCUUGGAUGAUUUAUUUGAUUAUGUUCUUUAAAAUGAAUUAGUGGUUUAAGGUUUUUUAUGUUUCCUAAAAUUCACCUCUGUUGACUUUUUCAUGUUCCUGUCAGAGAUCCCUGGCUUCCUGUCAGAAGAGGAGUGUCGUGUGGUGGUACAGCUGGCUCAGCUCAAAGGUCUGAUGGAGAGUGAGAUGAAAGCGCCCAACCAGGGACAAGAGGAGUCAAACCAGCCACUACUUUCUCUAAGCACAGAGGAGGUCUUCAGUCUGUUGGACCUAAACCAGGACGGGCUGCUGCAGAAACAGGAGGUGACCAGAGAGAAAAACCUUGUAUCUGUAUGCCUCAUAGCUGGGGGAGAAAACAGACUUUUAGAAGCAAAGCAAACUUAAGAUGAACUUUGAGACCGUGUUUUACAUUUUGAUGACAUAAAAAACAUUUCUGGUCUGUCCUGUAGAUUGUGAGUCACUCACGCUCUCGAGAUGGAACUUGGUUAAACCCAGACACCUUGCGGCAGAUACUAACCGGUCUGGAAGCCUGCCCAACAGGUUAGUCUCCCUGUACUUUGAGUGUGUCUGUACAUCUAUAUGUAACUCCAGUUAAAAUUAUCUAAGAACUAAACCCUUCUAAUGUAAACAUUUUUUUUACUUGAGAUCAGACCGAGAUGAGCUUGUGAAAUUCAGCAUCAUAAAUAAGAAAUCCGUCCUGUGUGUGUUAGUAGAUGCGCAGUGGCUGUGUACUUGUCAGGGUAAUUGGCUGACAGGUGGCUGUGAUUGCGUGCAAGUCUUUGUUAGCGUACGGGCCGGAAGAGGAGUGACACCGUUGUGACCUGCUGCCAUUGUGCCAGGCGUUGUACACAUCCCAGUCCGGAUGUGCUUCACCCUAUCUCAUUAAAAACUGAUUAUUCUCCAACCCCUUUUCCUAAUUUUCCCCCCAGAUCCGCUGUAUUCUACGCUACCCUCUACCCCUCCUACCCCCUCCAAAAAAAAAGAAUUCCCUCCUCCACUCUCUUUCGUCGACCAACCACCCCCUCCCACCUUGUGGCUGUCACCCCAGAGCUAUUGUUGCUACUGGGGCGCGGUCUCUCAGGGGAACUGAUGAGGGGCAGACAUUUGUUCAGUUCAGAGAAACAGCAUGGGAUAGGAUUGGAAUCAAUGGGGGAAAGACUGGAAGAAGUAAGAAAGAGGGGAGGCUGUUACAGUUUACUGACUAUAUUAUCAGAGAGUUUCAGGAUAAAUGAUCUGAAGUGGACUCCUGACACUGUAGGACUGAUAGACUGGUUCAGUUGUCUCACAAGUAUCCAUAUUUAUAGUUAUAUGAUUUUAUAUUUUGUGUAAUUCCCUGUACUGAACCCUAGUUCCAAGCAACAUAAAAGUAAAAAAAAUCGUUCUUAAUGUGUCUUAUGCUUGUGUGCGGGUUUUUGCAGGGAUGCUGACCUUAGAAGAGUUCAACCGUGUUUAUGACGUGUCCCAACGACCAGGACAACAGCACAGAGUGAAGCUACGGAGUCAAUUCAAACAGAGGAGCAAACAUACCUGGCUUUACCAAGGCCAAGGGUCCCACCAUGUGCUGCGCACUCUCAGGAACAGGUGUCUGGACCAGCACACACACUUAGUCAAUCUCUCACAGUAGAAGUUGUAUUUUCAGGGAUUUUAAUACACUUGUGUAUCACUCUCUGGUGUUCCUUGCGCAGAGUAACCUGUCUGACACGUCUGCCCUCUGCUUUGGUUGAGCUGAGCGAGCCGCUGCAGGUGGUUCGCUAUGAGCACGGAGACUUCAGUAAUGCCCACCAUGACAGCAGCCCUUCUCACUCAGAGACAACCUGUGCACACACACGACUGGCGGGAAACAAAUCUGCUCUCACAGAGGUCCCUUGCAGGUUUGUGUAAUUUUCAUCUUUCUAUUCAGACAACCUUUUGUUACUUAAACAGCUGCAUACAAUCUUUUUUACGACUGUGUCUAAGAUUGAACUAAUUUUUCAGUUUGUAAAUUUCCGAGUUUAUGUAACUGGACUGGAUAAAAGAUUAUCUCUAAAAUUUCUCCAUAUUGUUUUGAUUUCUAACAUUUAUGUUGCUGAUGCAUCAAUGAAAUCUCUCUUUUUGUGUCUCAGGUACCUUACCAUGUUAUUCUACCUCAGCUCUGUAGAGGACGGUGGUGAGACCACCUUUCCUGUGGCAGAUAACCGUACAUAUGAAGAGCAGGUGAGUGCCCUGCUUUCACUGCCCUUAGCUAUGAAAAUAGCAGACCCUUUUUUUUUUAAUCUGCCACUGUAAAAUGAUGAUAACUGUAUAUGACCUGAGUGCUGCUGAUAACACGCAGACAGAGCGGACAAAAGACAAGGAAUCUGACACUUAAGUAAACACAGUGUGCCAAAAUAAAUGAUAAGACGUGAGUUGUUAAGAGUUUUUCAUGUCCUAGGCUCUGGUCCAGGACGGCAUUGAUUUAACAGAUACCCAGGAGACAUGUGGCCGAGGGAAUCUAAGAAUAAAACCGACUGCUGGGACGGCCCUCCUCUGGUACAACCAUCUCUCUGAUGGUAGAGGUAAGAUCAGAAGGCUUAUAAACUACAGGUAUAUGUCCUUUACACAGAAAUGUCAAGCCUGUAAAUUGAAUUUAACUUUUUCUAUUUAAGAAAAUGAUGUAGUCCAAAUCUCAUGCCACUUAAUACAUGGAGCCCAAGGAUUUCAAAUGUGCCUUUUUAACUUCUCCUUGAAAAUGUUCUAAUUCAGGGGGGGAAAAUGUUACAUCUUUAAUUUACACUCGGUGAAACUACAACUCCAGUGUUAUGGGGACAGUCUACUUUAAUAGUCAAAAUCCAUCUUAUUUUAGUAAAGUCAAGAGUCAAACUGCUGUAUCUGUUCAAUUCAGUUUGUUGUGACUAACACUCAUGUGUUGAAAUGAAAUGUCAAUGUCACUUGAUAGCUUAAUGACAACAUUUUUGAGACUUCCUAACAAAGACAGACCUUUUAGACCAAACAAUCAAAGCUUCGCGCAAGAACUGGGUCUAGCUGUGUGUAUGUGUGUGUCUUUUUUGCCCUAACUUUUGUUGUUGUUGUUGUUGUUGUUGUUGUUGUUGUUGUUGUUGUUAAACGACUCUCCGAAUCUUCCCUAGGUUGGAUGGGUGAACUGGAUGAGUAUUCCCUUCACGGCGACUGCCCCGUCAAACGUGGGGUCAAAUGGGUGGCCAGCAGCUGGAUAAAUGUUGACCCCGAUAGCCAGCAGCAGGCCCGUUACCAGAGACUAGUUGCACAGAGGCACCAAGCACAGCCGGGCAUGGAGGAGCAUUACCAACCUCUCCCACACAGCAACCUCCACCAGGACCUAUAGCCUGGCCUUUUAAAUGACAAGACCAGGUGACAACCCCUUUGUCUUUUAUUUAUGAAGUCACUCACGCCUGACAGACCUUCUCCCCAUGUCAGAUGUUGUAGUUGAAUUCAGAUUUGCACAACAUAAUCACACAUCGUGGAAUGUGUCUCUCAUGCUUGGUCACCUCAUGUAACCUCAUAAGUCAUUCAAAGGACAGUCUUAGUGAUGGUAAUAUUUGCUUUUGCUGUCUGUCCUUCAGUUAAUUUGUGACACAUGAAUAAAUUGCGCCUUAAAGAAUUCCACAUAUUCACUAUAUAACCACUGCUAGAGGUACAUGCAGGUAUAAUGAUGAAAGCUUGGGAGCUGGAGUCACAUUUCAGAGAUACAUUUGCUUACCUGCCGUCCAUUUAAAUGAACUACAUAUCUGCCCUUGUGCACAACUGUCUCACUGUUUUUACAGAGCAUAAAUUAAGGGUUGUUUUUUAAGUACAAGCCAUAUCUCCGUCUUCAUCUAUGAAUGUCAAUGACUGUGUCUAUUUUGUUUCCUGUGUUCUUUGUGAAAUAUUAUUUCAUAAGCUCUUUUCUGGACAGGAUAAAAAGAUUGCUUGUCUUGCUAGCUGUGGGAGGAAAGUCCCUUCAGGUAUAUUUCAGUGUUUGUGUUUCUUAUCCUGACGACUUCGGAAUAUUUAAUUCUCCUUGAGUAUUUAUUUCAAUGUUAUUUAUCACCACUAUUUAUUGAUUUAAGUUAAAAAAAAGAAUAUUUAUUACAGCUUGUUGUUGCACUGAAUCUGUUGCUGUGUUUUUUGGUGUUUGCUCUAAUUUAUUAAACAUAUAAAGAUGUGUUCUUUUAUUAUAAA